UUUUCAAGCGGACAAGUCAAAGUUUUUGGAUUUCUUAGUUCAGUACUUUGAAACUUUUUUCCAUUCUCGGUUUACUUUUCUUCUUUUUUUUUUUCGCUUCGUUUUCGAAAUACUCUCGUAUUAGCGCGAUUUGAGUGGAAUGCAACUUUUACUUUCCAUUGAGGCACUGUGGAGGAUGCUGCUCCUGCUCCUGGUUGUAGUCCUGACUCUGGUCCCGCUUAAAGUCAGUGGUCAGACUGAAUCAACACCCAAGUCCCGACCCUAUUCCAGGUACUGCAACCGUUUUGCCGAGGAAGUGCAAGGCUCCAGACCUUUAUGCGAAAAAAAUUCCUACAUUGUGGCCGUGAGGAGAUGCCACUUUUUCUGUAGCUCUUCAAAUGAAAUAAGCCUUGGGGAAUGCAAUACCAAAUUGCCGGAUAAGGUAGAGUAUCCCAAGUGCAAGGACCUCUUCUGCACAGCAGCCCCCAGCGGAUCAGAUUCCGAAGGGAACUUCGACGAAGAUGUCUUCUAUCCAUAAUCUUAAAUACUUGUUUUCUAUAAUUUACCUGGUGUGUGGUCUCAAAUAAAUGUUAUGGCAAAAUAUUUAAUUUUAAUUCAA